AUGAGACUCCCUGUGAUGCAGGUGGCUGCGCUGAGUCACAGCAAGGCAUGCAGCAGUGGAGCCGGCAGAUCACAAGGCCUGCAUCAUCAAAAAGACGGCAACAGACGCCGGAGUGAGAGCGACAUCAACAGUGAAGCAUCUGAACUGGAAAAAUUCAGCAUAUCAUACAGGGACCAAAGAUGCUUUAGUGGCCACCCACUGCAUAAACUCUUCUCUGACAUCCUUGUGUCUUUGGUCAAGAACCGACUCUGCAGUGAAUGGAUUGACCAUGCAGCACCUGAAUCAGUCCUCAGGGUUCUCAUCUGCCUACGAUUAUUGAUCAGAGAUCCUCACCAUCAGAAAACUCUCCAUCAGCUCCAGGGCAUCAGUUUACUUGCCAGGUAUAUGGAGGCUGUCACCGCCGCGUACAUAUCUUGUGGCGAACAGGCGUUUUCCGUGCAGAAGCUGGUCACAAUGACCUACAUGUUUCAGAAGCUGUCUGCUGCUGAAAAUCAAAGGGCCUGGGUCAUCGCGAGUGGCGCUCACAAAACCCUGGUGAAGCUCCUCUCCUCAACAGACAGCAGUGUGCUGCUGGGAGCCCUGCUGGCACUCAGCACUUUGGCUGAGAGCCCAGAAUGCAAGGAGGAGAUUGGGAAGCUACCGAUCGUGGAGAACCUUCUUGUAAUCCUGCAGGAAUAUGACCUGCUGUCAAAGAGGAUAACUGCAGAGCUGCUGAGGCUCCUGUCCCCGGUGCGGCAGGUGAGGGAGCAGGUGAGGGAGCUGGAGGGGCUGCCCGUGCUGCUGAGCCUGCUGCACGGCCAGCACCUGAAGCUGCUGUGGAGCCUCAUCUGGGUCCUGGUCCAGCUCUGCGAGGAUCCCGACACCAGGGCAGAGAUCCGGAGCUGGGGAGGGGUGCAGCAGCUGCUUUGGCUGCUCAACAGUGACAGGCGGUAUGUCUCCGAUCGCGCCUCGAUCGAGACGCUGUCCAGCGCCAACGCUGCCGGUCGCAUCCAGAGAGAGCACGUCAGAGAGGAGCUCAGCCCACAGGAGGAGGUGGACAACGCCAAGGCCCUGCAGUCAGCCUGUUGUACAGCCUUGACAGAGCUUAGUCUGGAUGACACAUCUGCUCACCACAUUGUGCAGGAAAAUGGGAUCUACAUUAUAGCAAAGCUGAUUUUACCACCAAAGUCUGGAGCAAAGGUCACAUCUUUACAGUGCUAUGCAUUUCGGACCCUCCGAUUUCUCUUCAGUGUGGAAAGAAACAGGCAUCUGUUCAAGAGACUCUUUCCCACAGACCUCUUUGAGUUGUUUAUUGAUGUUGGCCAUUAUGUGCGGGACCUCACAGCCUAUGAGGGACUGCAAACCAAAGUUUCACUCUACACUGAAGAGGAACUGGACAGUCUGAGAGAGAGCAUCGAAGCGGUGGACCAGAACCGACCUCCCCUUAAAGUCAUCAGCGGUUACUCCCUCCUGGACCAUCUGGGCACCGGGGCGUUUGGAAGUGUCUUCAAGGUCCAAAAGCAGAGCGGCCAGAACCUCCUGGCUCUGAAGGAGGUGAACCUGCACAACCCGGCCUUUGGCAAAGACAAGAAGUCCAGAGACAGUAACGUGGAGAAAAUCAUCUCUGAGCUCACAAUCAUCAAAGAACAGAUGACACACCCAAACGUUGUUAAAUAUUACAAGACGUUUUUGGAAGGUGACAAGCUGUACAUUGUGAUGGAGCUGAUCGAGGGAGUGCCACUGGCUGAACAUUUUAACUCCCUGAAGGAGAAGCAGCAGCAGUUCACUGAGGACAGAAUUUGGAAAAUAUUCAUGCAGAUGUGCCUGGCAUUGAGGUACCUGCACAAGGAGAAGAGAAUAGUCCACCGCGACCUCACGCCAAACAACAUCAUGCUGGGGGAGAAGGACAAAGUCACCAUCACUGACUUCGGCCUGGCUAAGCAGAAGCAGGAGAACAGCAAGCUGACGUCAGUGGUCGGCACCAUCCUUUACUCCUGUCCAGAGGUGGUGAAGAGCGAGCCGUAUGGAGAGAAAGCUGACAUCUGGGCUUUAGGCUGUAUCCUCUAUCAGAUGGCCACUUUACAGCCUCCGUUCUACAGCAGUAACAUGCUGUCACUGGCUAGCAAGAUCGUCGAGGCCGUCUAUGAACCGAUUGAAGAAGGCGCUUUUUCAGAGAGAGUGACAGACAUGAUCAGAUGGUGUUUGAGUCCAGACGCAGACCAGCGGCCGGACAUUGUUUCCGUCAGCUCCAGGAUCUCUGACCUCAUGAUGAGGCUGAUGGACGGCCUCUACACUUCCCAGAAUGCACUGGAAAGAAGAGCAGAGAGAGACAGGAAACGAGCGCAGAGGUACUUCCUGGAGCGGCACAAAAGCAGGAUGAACUGCUGCCUCUCAAACCAGAUUCUACAAAGUGGGGAUUUUACUGCAGCAAAGAUAAAACCAAGACCAGUGUCAGCAGGGAUCUGUGUCUCCCAGAAGAAGCUUAGACAGAUUGAUGAUCCCAGCCAGAGGCUCCUCGUGCAGCUGCACAAAAUCAUCUUCAUCACUCAACUUCCACCGGCUCCGCAUCACAACAUCAAACGACGGGUUAUUGAAAGAUUUAAAAAAUCUCUGUUCCACUUUGGAAGCGAUCCAUACAACCUAAAAGUGGAGCUCAGCAAGCUCCUCCAGGCCUCUCCAGAACUGAUGGAGCUAGGCUCAACCAGUUCAGACUGGUGGCCUCUGAUCCACCACAUCACAGGAGACCCCCUCGCUGCUGACGCCACAGGUGAUGGGAAUCUCAACGAGGGGGUUACCUAUCAGCAGAUGCAGGGGAUCAUAGAGGAGCUGCUGGAGGAGAACAGCUACUAUGAAGCAACAAACAGCAGGGGCACAGUGAAAAGAAAUGACCAAGACAAGAAGUGACCAUCCG